AUGUCCGUCGCUGAGACUCUUAGGGACGUUUUCAAUCAUAUCGCCUUACCCCCCAAGCUUCCUGGAAAAAAAGACCGGGAGCCAGAAAAGGUAGAACGCGAACUCAUAACCCGCUUGCGUUAUGCAGUUCAAACCCUCUGCCAUGUUGCAGAUGACGCUUUGAAGUCUGUCUGGGAGUCAAUUAUUGCGACACUCGACACAUGCAGCGUAGUGAAUCAGAAUGUAAUGGUGAACAAGGGCGCUCUGCUUGACGCACUGGGAGCACUACAGCCAGGGGGAGCUGUCAUAGUAAAUAUCGGAGAGCAGAACGCCGCACUGCUUAUCCGGAUGCCACAGAGUGGUGAUAAUGUGGUCAUUGAGGCCUUCGAAACAUCACCAAGCGCAGAGCAAACACUCGCCGCCCCGGGAGCACUGCGAUGGACAUUCCCAGGAACGGCAGCAUCGCUGCCUGUCGAAGAGUUUAGAAACCCGGUUCUCCAAGAUUCUCUUACAGACUUUCUCGAAAAGACGAGCACAGAACAGCUGGAACGGUUUGCGGCCAAAGCAAGGAAAGCUGGGAAGGAGGUGGUCGAGAGACGCGAUACCGUCGACCCAGCCAUAGUAACCGAGUUCUUGAUAACACUGCUCGAGAUUAACGGUAGCCAUAUAUGCCCGCCUGCACUACAGAAACGUGUUAAGGAUGAUGUAUGCUGGCACGAUGCUGAACUUCCGUGGCGGCGAUGUCCGUUCUGGCUUGUGCUUCGAGUGUCUAUCCAAAGAUUGCUCUAUUUACAUCUGGGCAGUGAUCUAGGCCGUUUGCAGUACAAGUAUCUGCUUUGCAUUGUCUUGGCACAAUUACUUGAAAAUCUCGUUGAAAGCAGAGUAUUGGAACCGGGGCAAUGGAGCUGGCUGAACACCAAACUGUGCCGUCGACUAGCCAAGCUGCAAACAGAAAGCCAAACUUCCUCAACUGCAGUGAGAGCUUCACAUGCCCACCUAUCCCGGACCCUAGAUCCUAUUUGCCAACAGUCUGUCACCGCUGCAAGAAUUGCCAUUAACGGUGAAUGGGAAGCAUUUAAAAAGCACACUAAGCGCAAAAUACCCCAGUUGCCUCACCAUGCGGAGAACAGGGACCUUUAUUUGAGUUUGCCCAACAGCAUCUCCUAUCUUCAGAGAGUCAUGAACCUUUCUCGUCCUGCAGUGCGCAGUACUCAGAGUGUGAAGCCAGCCGAUUUAUCCGGCAAUAUUGGUGAUAAUACCGAUGAUCAAUUUGUAUCUCUUGCUAAGCAGUACUCUGAAAUUGCCAUAACAGAGCUUGACAUUGAGUUGGGAAAGCAAAAGACGGCAAAGUCAAAGGAAGGAGGCGAAGAGGUGUGCAUUGGUAUUGCCCACCAGUUGGAACGUUACCUGGAAAUUGUAGGACAAUCUCACGAGCGAGACCAAGAGCAAAUGAGUGUUCUAAUUCUUAAUGUCCUCGAAUUAUGGAUCGACAUGGACAAAUGUGCUACAAAUGCAUACCCUCUGCUCAUUGAGUAUCAUCCAGCUUUUUGUCCCGAGCUGUUGGAUGUUCUACUUUUGUCUCGGCUCAUUGAUUUAGAGCGCCUAAACAAGGUUCAGACAUACCUUCAAGGUCGCUGCACUGCAGCUACUAGGGGCAGUAUGACAAUUUUCACUGAUCCAUCACCAGGUUGCUUUGCCGAUCGUUUUUUGGAACUCCCGAUCGGCAGCGACCUGCUUCGGCUGCAAAAUAUAAUCGAGACCGCAUCUUCAGGCGCUCGGGAUAGAAAGGAGUCAGAGCUGACGAGUGUCAACCAAAAGUUCAAGUCGCUGACGGAGGAUAAAGAUAAUAGCGCUUGUACCCAGCGGAGACACACCGACGGUACCCAUGAUAUCCGAGGAUGCCGCCACUGUUAUUAUAUCCGGUGUCGUCGACGUUUACAGAUCACUGUUCAUGAAGAUUACUUGCCAACAGAUGAUAGAUUGUAUGAGAAGAGAGCGAUUGUCUUUGAGCUAGGGAUCCCCAAGGCAUUUGCCGCGUACCGAAGUGCGACUUGGACUAUCAUCAACCGACUUGGACCCCCGAAAAACGCAACAGCCGCAGAGUCACCGCAGGUGAUGCUCCAGGGACACACUCCACUUUCUAGCUACAUGAAGACGAGAUCUAAGGGAGGCAUAUCUCUUGCAUCUCGCACGAAGUCUCAUCUGAGCACACAUUACAAGUGGAAGGCCUUGCCCGCGUCAACGAGAAGUAUUCUACGGCCUUUCGGACUGAAUUUUCUGUACUAUGAUUCUGACCGCCGAAUUUGGGCCAAUGACAAGCUCGAGCCCCUUACAUUUGCGCACCAUUUCGUUCUUACCUUGCCCCCAGACCUUCCUUUUGCGGGACUUUACUCGUCCUCUGAUUUUGCUCCGUAUGGCCCGGGUCCAUCUUCUUAUGAGGCCAUUGCAAAAAUGCGCGAAUGUCCACCAACAGUGACGGUGCAUGAGUUUUUGGCACACCAGAAUCUAAUGUCUGGAAAGCAUAGUCGAUGGCUGUCUAUCUUGACUGAGCUUGGGUCUUCCAAUAUCAAUAUCAGCUCGCUAGAUGCAAUGACUUUGUUGCGUCACCUUGCUUUGCAAGUUGGUCCUAACUCACAGGAUGAUGAUCCCUUGCGCGUGAUACAUAGUGUUUUCAAAGAUCUUCGGUUUUGUCAGAGGUUAAUCGAGCAAGUUGACCAACAUGCUUCCAUAAUAGCCCCAAACUGGCGUGAAGUGACAUACAUGGAAAGUCUGCUCACCUUGGCUAUUCAAGUACACAACCUCGGGUGCCAAGCAUCGAGAGUAGAAGCGGAGAAUUUGCUACUGAAGAUACGCCGCAUCACACUGGAAUGGAUCAACCACCUGCGAAUGGAGACCCGGAACGCCUUACAAAUUGACGUUGCAGAAAGAGCAGCUCGCUACUGCGUUCUAGCCGCUUUACUGUGUCGACGCACUUUCUUGCCGCUAGCUUAUGUCGGUCGCACGCUUGACCCUGGAAGCUUCCAAUGCUUUAUCGAGGCUACACUGGCAAUGCAAGAGAGUGUAGUAGUAGAUAUGAAGAAGUUUGACCAUUUCACACGCAACAUCUUAGUGCGUGAUAUAAAAGCGUCCGUUCGACUUCGGCCAAUUAUGCAACGUGCGGUUCAGAUGCAUCCUGGAAGUAUCGCAUGUGCUAUCAACAACGUUUGGCUAAAAAGCAGAGAUUAUACGCCAUGGGAAAGCUUGCCACGACCAUAUGAGUUGUGGAUUACCGCUGAAUCUAAGCCUACUGAGCACACAGUACCUCAGGUCUUUCACCUUCAUCUUUUGGAAGGUCACUUUCUUGUAGAUGGGAGGCCGUUGGGGAAGCUGCCAGCUGACAUUCGCGACUCAGAAAUACUCAAAGAGCUCUUUGGUAACCAGCGAUUGACUGCCUUUCCAUCGGAUCGGCCUGGCAUGAGUUACACUCUGGCGAUAAACAAAGAGGGUCAUCAAAUCCAUUUGGGACGUCGAGGUCAAGAUCUAGUCAUUCAGGCUACUACCGAGGAUAGUAGACUGCUGGAACUUGUUCCACGAACAAUUUUCGAAAAGGGCCAAAUCUCUGACUUGCCUGUACCUUUGGUGAACAAGAAAAGAAGGCUAUUGGGAUGCCAACAACUGAAUGCAGAGAUCGAUCCCAAUCAAGAUGCUGGUACCCUUUACGGGCUUGAAAGCAUGCUGGUUCUUCGCAACGUCCACAAUCGCUCACAGCGCAGCAUCAUAAUACCGCUUGGGACAACUAGUCAUCGACGAUAUGGAAUCCAUGUGCAAGUCCGGAAACAGAAUGAUGGUGACUAUGGAAGGUACAUGAUCGACGAUGUCCUUGGCCGGGUUCAUGGUCCCAUUGAGCCGCGUCUAUUGUAUAACUUGGCACAAUUGCACGCGCUUACAUCUUUCGUUAUUCCCGACCCCCUUACCAAUCGAACUGGAACUGAAGAAGCGCUAUCAAUUCUAGAGUCGGCCUACUCGCUGCCGUGGAGUCCUCUGAGCUCGAACGUCAUAGAUGUGUUGCAUGACAUUUCCCAUCUCACGCCAAGACGACAGUAUUAUCCUAAAGGCGUUAAACGCCUGCAACUCGUGAAAUGGGACGAAGAAUUGACGGCAUCAACACAGCAUGAGGCAUAUAGGCUAGCAAUUGAUUCAAUCCUAACCAGGUCUCAGAAACUUUCAAAAUUUCAGAUCGAUGGAACACCCUACCAACCGCAAAACCCCAUGAACGAACCACAUCUCAGCGAAAGGGCACGCUGGCGCCGAUCCUUGUACGAACGCUCGGGUGUGUCGUGUCAGCCCAUAAGCAGACCCCCCGAUGUUCCAUACUUCUCAAGAGCGGGAAACUCCACGCCUACGUGCAUCUCUAAUGUACGAGAAAUUGUGACUCUACUCCGAGAGCGGCCUCCCGUGAUUCGAACCACACACAAGCUUGCGGGUAUUCUGAAAAAGUGGCCAUAUAUUCGUGGCUUCAACAACACAUUUGCUCCGACUUCUAUCCAAGAUAUGCUGUCGUUAGACCUUGCACCUAACUUCGGCAUGUUGGUACGCCUUUGCACAGAGUAUGAGCCUCAGGAUGCAUACCGCCUCAUGUUCCACCUAGGCCUAAUUUCGUAUGGCAAUGUUGUGAACAUGAAAAUGGUAAGGGUUUUGGUAGCCUUUUUCAUUCUGUCUGAUCUGAAAGAACUGGACUUGCCGUCCUAUGCUUCCUUUGAAAACUUCCCAGACGAUGGCCCCCCUGACGUCGAGACACUGAUAACCCUGGCACGGCCCUUUUGCAAGCAGUAUCAGAGCCCGGUUGGCCAGAGAAACAAGCUUCAGAAGAAUAAGCAAGCAAGGUAUACAGACAUUGAAGCUGAACGUGCUAACCAUGAGACGCAAUGCAUGGCUGAGAGCCAGUCGUUCGCUUUAUCCCUCCUUAAGGAAUGGCCUUGUUCUAAACCCUCAAACAUCUCUUUCUCGGGCAAUCUCUUGGAUGUCAACAGUGCUGUUGACGUAGUUAGCCCGGAUUGGCUGCGGCGCUAUAAGAACCUUCGGCUUUCAGGGCUUGUCAAAAAUAUUCAGAAAAUUCUGAAUGUCUAUAGUGCACCCGUGAAUAAUUUUGACGAUGCUCCUACAGAAGCUAAGCCUGAGCUGUUUAGGUCGCAGCUAAGAGCCACCCCAAGAGUCAAAUUACAUUUAGACCAAGACCUCAUCCGCAAGCCGGGUCCAGAAGGAGUGUCGAGCUCAAGCUGCCCUCCACAAAUGAAAAAGAUGGAGACCGCGCACCAUCCGAGCUCUACGAAGCAUACACCCUUGUCAGUCAGUAAGGAACAUACUAAACCAGAGAUUAUCGAGCUUGAGGAGAUAGUGCGCCAAAUCGCGAACUCAGGUUGCUCGGUCAGGUCGACCUAUGGCCAGGAUUUGCAGUUGAGUAUUGCUGCACUCCGGAAAAAGAAUGAACAGCCAAUGGAGCCUCAUGAAUCAGUGACAUCUUAUCUGGUGGAAAUGGCAAAGUAUGAUGAAGAGAUCGGAAAGGCCCACUCUGUUGUACGCCAGUUUUACCAUCAGAUAUGCGAAAAGCUUUCAGCCGGAGAUACCAGAGUCCUUUGGCUGCAACAAUGCAAUAUCUGGCCGUGCAUCACCCCGAGAACCAUUCUGCAACAGCUUCGAACUACCACAUGUGUCGAGUAUGGACCAAACAUGAAACUGGCGUUAAUAUCGUACGGCCUUGCAAUUGUUAAAUUACAGCGCCUGAUUCGUAUGAAGGAGCUGUUUGCAAAAAGCGACAAAAGCAGGCUUGAACAAGAGCAAAAGUAUCCAUCUCACGCCAUUUGGGAUUACUUGAAGUACCCAGACUGGAUUCUGCUUGAAAUCGAUGGAAACAUGCAGAUUCGCCAAGAGCAAGUAACCGUGGCUCUGGAGAUGGUAUCUCCCACCUCAGGCUCCAAUUCCGUCCUGCAGAUGAACAUGGGUCAAGGCAAGACUUCGGUUAUCAUGCCGAUGGUCGCAUGUGCUUUGGCUGACGGUAGCAAUCUUCUCAGGCUCCUAGUGCCGAAAGCACUGACGACGCAAACUGCACAGGUUCUUCAGGGCCGGCUAGGGGGCCUUGUCGGCCGGGAGCUUAUGCAUAUUCCCUUUUCACGGCGCACUCCCACAACCAUAGAACUGGUCCGGGAAUACCGCUCCCUCCAUGAGGAGAUUUGUAGCAGAGCAGGAGUCAUUCUGAGCAUCCCCGAGCACUCGUUGUCCUUCAAAUUGAGUGGGUUGCAAAGAGUUUCAGAUCUGAAGCUUGUGGAGGCUGCCGAAAUGAUAGCGAUUCAGAAUUGGAUUGACCAUGUUGGCCGUGAUGUCCUUGACGAGUGCGACUACACUUUGGCUGUUAAGACACAACUUAUCUAUCCGAGUGGCCCACAGCUUGCGGUGGAUGGACAUCCCGAUCGUUGGGAGGUGAUAAUGGCAGUUCUAGGCUUGGUAGCUCAACAUGUUCGUGACUUAGCUUCAGCCUUUCCUCAGAGUAUCGAUCUGGUUGAAAGACCGCUCGCCUCAUUUCCACUUGUGUUCCUACUCAGGCGGGAUGUGGAGGUUGCACUCAGUGAGCGAAUCGUGCACGAGAUCUGUUCCGGCUACAGCUCAGUUCUUCCAAUUCAGAGCUGGACUGUUGGCGAUCAAGAUUUCAUCAAGCAGUUUAUCUCCCGGGAAAAUUUGGAUGCCUCGGCCACUCAGUGGAUAGAAAAUCUGUUUCAAGAUGCCCCUGGAGCAUGCAAGCGAGCAUAUCUGUUGCGUGGUCUAAUUGUUCAUCGAAUACUUUUGCUGUGCUUGAAGAAGAGAUGGAAUGUUCAGUACGGACUGCAUCCGAGGCGCGAUCCGAUGGCCGUGCCUUUUCAAGCAAAGGGUAUUCCAUCAGAUUAUGCGGAAUGGGGCCAUCCAGAUGUUGCUAUCCUGUUUACGUGCCUUUCCUUCUAUCAAGAGGGCUUGAGCCAGGAGCAAUGCCGUCGAUGCCUCCAAGCUGUACUUAAGUCGGAUGAUCCUGCGACUGAGUACGAUCGAUGGACACAGACAUCAACAGACCUUCCUGAAGUGCUACGACAUUGGAAUCUCAUCAAUGUCGAUGACCAAGGCCAAGUGACCGAAUUUUGGUAUCAUAUGCGCUUAUCGAUGGUCGUGAUCAAUUACUUCUUAAGGCAUUUUGUCUUCCCCGUUCACGCAAAGCAAUUUGCGAUCAAGCUUCAGGCUUCGGGCUGGGAUGUUCCAUUUAACGAUUGUAACACAGCCUCUAAACGGACUGGACUUACGACCGGUUUCAGUGGGACCAAUGACAAUCGCAGACUCCUGCCGUUGACAAUUAAGCAACACGAUUUGCCGGAACUAUUGCACACGAAUGCUGAAGUCCUUACUUACCUACUCCAGAGCAGAAACAGGGAGUACAAGCACGCUGUCACAAACGGGAGACGACGAUCUGAAGCUGAACUUCUAUCCGACUUAGCAGAAAGCAAAAUCCGUGUUCUCAUAGAUGCUGGUGCUUUCAUCUUGGAGAUGGAUAACUUGACUGUGGUCAAGACGUGGCUGGAGGAGGAUACGGCACCGCAGGCUGCAGUAUACUUUGACACUGACAAUAAGCCUUGGGUUUGGUACAGGAUCGGGAGAAAAUCGCCACUUCUAGCUACCCCAUACGCCGAUAACCUGCAAGAUUGCCUCAUUUAUCUUGAUGAGGCUCAUACCAGAGGCACCGACCUCAAGCUUCCUGCUGAUGCCAAAGGGGCUUUAACACUGGGCCUUAACCAGACUAAGGAUAAGACUGUACAGGCGGCCAUGAGGCUUCGUCAGCUUGGCACCACGCAAUCUGUUACUUUUAUCGCGCCUCCCGAGGUCCAUCAAAGUAUCUUGGAUGUUAAUCAGAAGAACCAUAACGAUAACAUUGAUUCUUCUAAUGUGGUAUAUUGGCUUCUGUACCAAACGUGCGCAAAUAAUGCCGAGCUAGAGCCACUAUUCCACUCCCAGGGUAUUGAUUUCUGCCGCCGCAUCCAAGCUGCCUCGGAAUUCCCAGACUUCGUCCAAAACAAGACGCAUCGUGAGAAAUACAUGGAGAUUUUACAGCAACCCGAGCAGCAGACUCUAGAACAGCUGUACAAGCCGCGUGUUUGUGGUUCUAGUGACGAAGAGAGGGGAUCACUGGCUGCUUUACCGCCGGCGACCGGAAGGGUGGCUGAAUUCCUAGAACAGCUUGACCAUAGGCGGAGUGAAUCUGAUCUCCUGCAGAGCACAAUCACCAGCUCAGCUUUGGAAGAGGUUGAACAGGAACGGGAGGUUGCUUACGAAAUAGAGGAGGAGAGGGAAAUGCAACGCCCUCAGCGAUUGAAAGCCUACGGAUUCCCUGGGCUACAUCCAGCCUUAUCCCAUUUCGCCAAGACUGGUCAACUGCAAGGCUUCGGAACCGUUACUGCGGCAAGUGUGCUUCAUGAAACUCAGUUGUCAAAGAAGUUUGGAAUCAAAGGCAGUAGUCUACUGCCUCAUUUGCUCGUAUCUGUAGAGUUCACAAGGACCAUCAAUUCGAAACAUAAGACAGGCGAUGAGUUCACGCGUCCUGUUAAUUGGCUACUUUGCAAUACAGAAAGUGAGAUAGCAGUUGUUAUCAUUCCCGAAGAGGCAGAAGCAUUGAUCCCCAUUCUGCGUACUUGCGGUACUUCGUCAACGCACCUCAUCACAUAUGCAGCACCGGUUACGAGACGCAUGUUGCAUUUCGAACGACUUGACUAUUAUUCAAUCCCGCCUCUAUCUUCAACACAUGCUCUGCCAUCAUGGUUAUCGUUCGAACUUGGGAUUCUCGCCGGACGGCUGUACUUCGGAUAUGCCGAGUACAUGGGGAUAAUGGAACAGUUACAGCUGGGGCCUGACUGGCUAGAUGUCAGUAACCUUGCGUCACGAGAGUUGACAAACAAAAUGGGUUUCUUGCAAGAAUGGCUAGCCCUUCGCCGGCAAGGCCAGGACAUUUCUCAUACGCCCAUGGGCUACAUAUGCCAGCGGAGGCCUCUUCGUGUUGAUCACCCUUUCUUCGCUGAAGUGAAUGCACAAAACGGCCCCAGCCAUAUACUUCGGUCUUCUGGCUACAAGUCUGGAGUGAAGGAGGAGGAAUACUACGACAGCGACGAGGACGAUAUGGGUGGUUAUGAAGUAGUUGAAGAUGAGAACUUUCAGGAUGAUCAUGAGCAGGAAGAUGUUGAUGAGGCCAAGUACGACAAGGUCGAUGAGUUGAAUCACAAGGAUAUCGAAGAUGGCGAUGGCUACCAGGAUGGCGAUGGCGAGGAGAGAAAUUGCCAGUGAAUGCAAAGAGGGCUACCAAUUCAAAUCUGUUUUGAUCUACCUCAACGGGAUAUCUAUGUCUGCUCCAUCUGUGCUGGUCGCAGAUAGGAUUGCUUUCUUUUGUAUCAUGACUGGACUAGUUGGCGACCGUGGUUGGGC